GCAACCGUGACUAUGUUCAAAACAGUCCGUAUGAACUGUAUAUUGUGUUUGUAAAUAAAACGUAAAGUGACCUUUGAUUAGGAAAAAAUACCAAAUUUGCGCAAUUUGUUAAUUGUACAAAAUACGUAACAAAUGCUUCGAAUUAAAAAACGAAACUUCAAGCAAGUGUUAAAAGGGGAAACUACGUGGCAAAGAAAAAUUAUUUCAAACUCCAAUUAAAUAGAAGGCAACCGCUGAACCGGCAAAUAUGAAAACUGAAAUCUCAUGGAAACGUCGUUUUCUUCGAAAAAAAUUGAAGUAUACAUUAAUCUGCGUGUUCGUAGCCGCUAUUAUUUUCGUUGCUCAUCAGUUAUUUUAUUUUAAACAACUUAACCAAGCAAUCGUAGGCAAAUUAAUUAGUGGCUCUGUACGAACACCUAAUUACAUUGUUACUGGUAAAGUGGACUCGAAAUGGAAUGAACCAUUGCAUUCCAAGCUUCUUCGUGAUAAGGAUGGUAGAAUUGUAUCAUUACGUGGUACACGUGAUCAAGAUAUUUCAAAAUAUUUGCCAAAUGCGCGUGGAAAAUUUGUUUGUUUUACUUCAAAGACAGAGAUAGACUUCUCUAAAAUUAAUGACAAUUAUUGUGAUUGUCCUGUUGAUGGUAGCGAUGAGCCUGGCACCAAUGCAUGCAAUAAUGGUUUCUUUAAUUGUGAAAUCUCGUCUACACAAUUUACAGUGAAGAUACCAUCAUACAAAGUUAACGAUGGAUACUGUGACUGUUGUGAUGGAUCCGAUGAAUGGGCAGAAGUUAAGUUAUCGCACUUAAAUAAUGUUUCAAGAACAUUUAAAACAAGUCUAAUAAUGCAAGAUGUUGAAGAUUUAAAUAAAACAGUAUGGGAUCCCCUUGAAAUAUUUAAUUGUUCCUCUCGUUACAAGUAUGCCGUAGUCAUAUUGAACAGUCCCCUUUUGUGGAAAAAUUACAUUUUGUUUCAAAUUUGGGAAAAAGCUCAGAUUAAAGUUACUGUUGAUGGUGGAACUCAAAGGUGGUUACACUAUUUAGAAAAGCAGGGUAUAGAUCUACUAACUGGAAAAUAUAAUGAAUACAUGCCAAAUUUAAUUACUGGUGAUAUGGAUAGUUGUUCACCUACGGUUCUCGACAAGUUAAAAUUCAUGGGACCAACGAUUGUAGAGACACCUGACCAGAAUCAUUCGGAUUAUACAAAAGCUCUACUUCAGUUAGAUGAAUAUGUCAGCAAUGAAAAUAUAAAUUUAAAGGCAGUGUAUGUGUUCGUAGAGUCUUCAGGACGAUUUGAUCAUAUCCUAGGAAAUAUUAACACGCUUUAUAAAAGCGAUAAACUUAUCAGACACGUUCAGAUUAUUCAUGUUGCCAGCAAUUCGUUAACUUGGAUUUUAAAGCCAGGUUUUCAUAGUAUAAGGAUUCCGGAUAUUUUGGUGCAAAAUAAUAGCUGGUGUGGACUUUUACCAAUUGGUGCACCUGUUAAUUGUAUAACAACAACUGGUUUAAAGUGGAAUUUAAAUAAUGCAACUAUGCAGUUUGGAGGUUUAGUAAGCUCUUCGAAUACAUAUGAUAAUUGUUCUGAAGUAACCAUUGAUACAGAUUCACCAGUGAUAUGGACUAUGGGUAUCAAACCACUUGUAGAAAACAUGGAUAGUCAUGGAAUAUUAACAUUUAAUUCAGAUCCUCAUUAGAAAAUGACAAUAUAUUUAACACGAUUUUUAUUAUAUUAAUUAGUUUUCAAUACAUGCAGUACCUGAGGUUUUUGCCACAAUAUUAAAAAUUUUACUUGCAAGAAGCACAAUAUUAACAUAAUUUAAUCUCAGAAUUAACAUGUUCACUACAGCGGUGGCAUAUGUAUCUUGUACUGGAUUUUCCCUCAUUGCGUGCUAAAAUAGUAUUUUCAUCAUUUUUCCACUAUUUUUAUUGAAAUUUUCUAAUCUACAGGCAUACAAUUUGCAUUUUAUCGUUAAAUGUGAAAACGCAGUGCGGACAGUAAUCGAUCCGUACUGUUAAAUACUAAUUAAUGAAAAAAGCUACAGCAGUGAACGUGUUGACACAUUGCGGAUCAGAAAUUUUAUUUCUAACCAUACCUAGUGGUCGGGCGACGUAAUAUGAAAGACAAGAUAUCUAGUCAGCCGUCCGCAAUGUGUUAAGUAUAGUUGAUAUGUAAAUAAUUUACAAAAAUGUUGUUCGAUUGUUAUAAUAACAUAUUCAAUAUGUUAGUUAAGAGAAUCUAAUGGUACAUAUUAUCUACUGUAAGCAAGAUUUUAGAAGUUUAAUAUUCCUCACUUCGAAGAAACCCCGAGAAUCUUAUGUAAUAAUUUUUGCUUGCUAUAGGUGAGUCAAACGUAAUUAUUCGCUGAAAGUUAUCAUGUAGAUAUUCUUGAUAUACACUUAUAUACCUCGAUAUACAAGUAUUUACAAUUACAUGCUCUCUAUAUCAUCAAUAAAUAUAUAAUUAUUUUAUUAAAA